AUAUUUCUCCACCGACAGAAAUGGAGUUGUUCUUCCUCUCAGAUCAAUCAGUAUUUUGUAUUUAAUGAAGAUCACAAGCAACGAUUGCUACAUUGUUAUUAUAAAAUUACACAAAUUUCGUUAUGUCAUUUCAUCAUUCGUCUUCAUGAAUGGAAUGAUACCAAUUUUUUCUUUUACUUUGACACAUGUCGGACAAACAGACUACAGAAAUUUUCUCUGUUUUCAGUUUUUUUCAUUACCAGCAAAACUUCCCCAAUAAUCGCUCGCAACGAUUCCGUAGAGAUUAGAGAUUACCCUUUUUCUUUUCUUUUCUUUUCCCAUUCCAUCCCUUAGAGAUCCCAAAAGGGAAAUGCCAUUUGAUGCCAUUGUAGCUCAGAUGAGAGCUUCCUUUCCAAAUCCACCCACCCUUUGAACCAUAAUCCAUAACCAAAUUUGAAAUUCGAAGAAAGCCCAAUUCAAUAUGGCCUCCAAUAAGCAAACCUUUUUCAUAUUGUCCCUUGUAAUUUUUUGGUAUUCAUCCAACAUUGGUGUUCUUCUUUUGAACAAGUUUUUGCUCUCCAACUAUGGCUUCAGAUUCCCAAUCUUCCUCACAAUGUGUCAUAUGUCCGCCUGUGCCAUUCUCAGCUACUUCUCCAUUGUUGUUUUCAAGAUUGUGCCUAUCCAGAUGCUCAAGUCGAGGUCCCAAUUCUUUAAAAUCGCUACGCUUGGCUUGGUUUUUUGUGCCUCUGUCGUCGGUGGCAAUGUUUCCCUUCGGUAUCUUGCUGUCUCCUUCAACCAAGCGGUCGGUGCGACGACGCCGUUUUUCACCGCUCUCUUUGCUUAUUUGAUGACGCUUAAGAGGGAGGCUUGGGUCACUUACGCUGCUCUUAUCCCUGUUGUUGCUGGGGUUGUCAUCGCCAGUGGGGGUGAGCCGGGUUUUCACUUGUUUGGAUUUAUUAUGUGCAUAAGUGCGACUGCUGCAAGGGCGUUCAAGUCUGUUCUUCAGGGUAUCUUAUUGUCUUCUGAAGGGGAAAAGUUGAACUCAAUGAAUUUGCUGCUGUAUAUGUCCCCAAUUGCAGUUCUAGCCUUGUUACCUGUAGCACUUGUUAUGGAACCAAAUGUUUGGGAUGUUACCUUAGCACUUGGGAGGGACCAUAAAUUCAUGUGGCUUCUUCUAUUAUUGAAUUCAGUCAUGGCUUAUUCAGCAAACCUGUUGAAUUUUUUGGUUACUAAACACACCAGUGCUCUGACACUCCAAGUGUUGGGGAAUGCAAAAGGAGCAGUCGCCGUUGUUAUCUCUAUUCUUCUGUUUAGAAACCCCGUCACAGUCAUCGGUAUUGGUGGUUACACGAUAACAGUCCUCGGAGUUGUUGCUUAUGGAGAAGCGAAGCGGAGGUAUAGAUAAUCGAAUGUGUAUGGAAAAGGCAAGGUAUGGAGCCAUCACCAUGAAGAUGACACGUUGUUAUUUUGUGAUGAUCUGAAAAAUAUGAAGAGGAGUUGGAGAUUGUCUAGUAGAAUCAUAGGAAAGAUGGUUGAGUAAUAAUUCUUUUUGUUCUAUUCAUUUGUGUUCCACGUUAUCUUUUGUAGAAGAUAUUGUCCCUUGUUCAUUAUAAAGUAAGCUGAGUUUUCAUCACCCCA